GAUGAUAAAGGAGUACAAAACGCUUGCCAAACCUUCUGGAACCUGUCCAUUGGUAUCAAUAUACGAAUCGGUAUUGAAAGGUCACAUGAAUAAUCUGGAUUUGACUCUUCCCGCGGAGAAUGUCCCACAAUUAGGGACAUCGGUCAGCCAAUAUACUGGACCAACAAAUAUCGAAAAGGCAAUAAACCAUUUCCCACUAUCUACACCAGCAGGUAGCUCUUCACUUCUAGCCCAGCCUGUAAUGCGCAACCCCAGCAUUGUGCCAACAUACGAAGGUGGUCUCGAAACCCAUCCGAAUCUUCUCCCCGAUACGAGUCUGUUUGAUAGCCUUUCAUUUCUCGACACAGCAGACUGCUCUCAUCAAUCCGAACAGUUUCUGGCAAAUCUAGGCAUUUCUAACGAGAUAGCCCCGUUUGAUAUCGAAGCUCUUUUCGCUCGAUGA